AUGUCAGAUACUAGACAACAAGCUGAACAAGAAUUAGAAACUGUUGAAAUGAGUGGUAAUUUGGAAGAUAGCUUAGGGUCCGCUCUCGGAUCAUCAUUCACACUCCCUCCUCCACCAGCUCCUGCCACCAAAGGCGUCGAGUCAGCUCACGAACCAGAUGCCAUCCCAGCAGAGACAGUAGCAGCUACUUCUGAGCCUGUGGAAGGCAUGGAUGAAUGGAAAGAUACCCUGGACAGCUACACCAAAGAAUGGCAAGCCGAGUCUUCCGUUGCACGAGAAAAAGCUUUGGCUACAAGAACUAGAAUCGAAAAAGAAAACGCUGACGCAGAGAAAAAAAUGAAAGAGGAAUUAGCAAAAGAGAAAAAAUCAAAACUCGAUCAAGAAAAGAAAAAACGUGAUCAACAAAGAUUAAAAGCUGAAUUAGAACAAGAAGAAGAAGAAAAUCAAAAUCAAAAUCAAAAUCAAAAGAAUAAAAGUAAAUCAAGUAAAAACGUUAAAGAUGCAUGGGAAUUAGUCGAUGAUAAAAAACAAGGUACUACUGCCGAAACUGAUGGAAGAGCUUCAACUGGACAAGAAGGUGGGAAACAUCAAUCUGUUGCACCUGGAUUAUACAAUCCAACCACAUCAACUGAUCCAAUCCCACCAGUAUUCCAAGACUCCAAACUUGUAUCAAAAUCAUCUGCACCAACAGACUCAGCUACCUUAUCUAGACAUUCAGCUACUUCCGGAGCAUGGGAAGAUCUAUCCAGACCAUCCGGAUCUCAUUCAGGAUCGGGAUCAGGUUCGUCAGGUGAAGAAAUCUCAAGACCACAAUCUAAUUCAGAAGAAUCAGAUAUUGUCAACGUCCCUUCACCCAACCAACCCAAAGAUAGCAACAACAACAGUUCAGAUAACUCUCAACCACCUGCACAACCACCUUCACUCACCUUGAGUCUCUUCAAUCCAUCCCAACUCACUUUCAGAAGAGUCUUAGCUGUAGUUGGAAUAAACUUGGUUUUACCUUUUGUCAAUGGUGUUUUCCUAGGUUUCGGUGAGAUUUUCGCCAGGGAAGUUAUCAGAGUAGGUAGAUUAGUUUGGAGAGGUGAAAGAACCAUCUGGAGUUUCGGUAGAGGUGCUGCGAGUCGAGGUACAGGCGGUGUUGGUUUGAGCGGAGGAUUCUAA